AUGAGGUUCGAGAUAGGCAGAUCGUUCAAGAGAUCAAGGGAACCUCAAGCUGUCGAUACAAGGCCUUUAAAAAAAUGUUCUCCCACGCCUUCGGAGUACCAUCCGGAUGAGGAUUUUAGGCAGAUGGGUUUGCAAGAGCCUCUGACACCGACAGUGUCGCCUUCCAAAGUGGAUUUCGAGUCUGCCGAUAAGCUAUCAAUUCCCUCGCCGCUGUCUCGAGAUUUUGCACAUCUGUCGCUGCUCAGACAGGCUUCGCCGACGCCCUGGCGGCGGGACCGCCGCAGGGCGCACCAGAUCUUCGAGAUCCCGGAAAUCUUGGAGAAGAUCCUCAGACAUGUUGCCAUGGCGGAAGAGGCCCCAGCAGAGAAUACGUGUGCCAGACGCAGACCGCUGUCGUACAGACAUGCGGCGCUGAUCUAUGGGGACGAGAAAAGGGCGGCGGAGGUUUGGAAGCAGUCGCUCAGAGAGGCUGCCGGUCGAGGGACGCGCGAAUCGCGCGUCCCGGGCCCGCUCUUCAGCUGCUUGUUGGUCAACAAGCUGUGGCACUCGAUAGCGCUGCCCUGUCUGCUGGAGAGGGUUCAUUUCAGGGACUCGGAUCGGUUUUCGGCUUUCAUGGUGAACCGCGAAAGGAUGCUCGCGACUGACGGAGAGAUGGCUCGUCCGUGUGUUUUCACGCUGGAAAAGCUGCAUAGGCUGUCGCAGAGCGAGUUCGAUCGUCUCUCGGCGUUGGUCGCGGUGGACCGUUUGAAAUGGCUCGAGUUGUACAUCUGUCCCAAGGUGCUGCCGCCGCUGAGCUGGAUCCCCAAUUUCAAAAGGCUCGAGAAGCUUAUUUUGCCGGGCAACAAAGUUAUAAAUGAUAAAUUCUUGUUCGAACUGUCUCAUUAUGUACCCGACUUGAAAAAGCUGGAUCUGAGGGCGUGCGAUAAUGUGACGGAUUCCGGGAUCGUCGCCAUCGCUUUGAGAUGUACCAAGCUAGAGCUCUGCAACUUGGGGCGACACCGCAACGGCGGGAGAAUCACUAGUAUUUCGGUGGUGGCAUUGGCAAAACACACGCAGAUUGAAACUUUGGGGAUAGCGGGCUGUAAUGUCACCGAUGCAGGCAUCUGGGAGUUGGCUCAACUACGAGGUCCACAUAUGACGAGAUUGUCCUUGAACAAUUGUUCUCUAUUGUCCAACCAUUCGAUCCCUUUGCUUCUGGCGUUUAAUCAUUUCCCCAACCUAGCGGUCCUCGAAGUGAGAAACAUCGAUGGCAUCACUGACGUGAGGAACCUGGUGCAUUUCAAGCUCUGGAAAAAGUCGCAAAGAAUACCUAUACUGAUAGAAGGUUGCGAGCGCAUAACGAAGCUGAUGCUGGACGAGGAGGCCCGUCUCCGUCGUGCAAAUUCUCAAGUCGCCCUAAAGGAUAUGACAUACUGGGUCAAUAGCUAG